AAAUAUAUUUUCAACAUAAUAAUGUUAUUUCUCGAGCUAAUAAGCGAUUCAAUUACAAGUACAAUAUAUUUAAAAAUCAAAUUUUAGGUUCGUGAUAUACCAAAAAAUGACAAACCGACCAGCCCUCCAAUCAAGUUAGACCAAUAGAUAAGCACAACCAUUUCCAUCAAAUUAUUUCAAACUACAUUCAUUCCAUAAAAAAUCCCAGGAAUACCCUUCAAAGCCAUAGCAGCCCAUAUAAUGACCAAAGGGUACCCACGUACUUUCAGUCACAACCCGGCCCCAUUUUCUCCCAUCCCGUCAUCAAUCAGUUCACAUUUCUCCUUCCCUGCAACACCUACCUUUAACCAUUUACACAUUGAAAACAAGGUAAAAAUUCCUCUCACCAUUCGCUCCAAUGUCCGCCUCUCUAGCCCUAAAUUUCAGGCCGCCGCUACCUUUCGCACCUCCUUCUUCUGCUUCACCUCCGCGAUCCGGCCGGCCAACGAUGGCCGGGGUUAGGUCGGAGAUGAAACUGUACAAAGGAACGCACAUGAGAGAGCAGCGGCUGACGGAGAUGAUCGAGAAGAAGGUGGCGGAGGCGACGCAAGUCUGCGGCGAGGACGAGACUUCCGACGAGUGCAAGGUGGCAUGGGACGAGGUGGAGGAGGUGAGCCAGGCAAAGGCCGAUCUCCGCCUCAAAAUCCACCAGCUCCAGCAGGAUCCGCUCGAAUACUUCUGCCAGGAGAAUCCGGAAACCGAUGAGUGCCGUGUUUAUGAGGAUUGACGAUCGCUGAUUCGCCAGUGUUCGUGUUCUCGAAUUAUCCGCGCGAUCUCUUCAUCCGCCACCUGCACAACAAUAUUUGGUAUCGUGUUAGCAUAAUCUUAAACUUCUGUUGUUGUAAAUCAUCAGUUUAUGGUUGUGAUUUCGUGGGAUCUUGAUCUUGUGUUAUUCAUCUACUUCUGAAUUGAAGCUGUGAGUUACGAAGUA